GCCACUCUCUCUCUCUUCUCACUCUAUAUUCCUCUCUUCUUCCCCACCACUCCUCCUCACUCUGGUGGUUGCCAAUUGCCAUCUCUCUCUCUCUCUCUCUCUCUCUCAUCAUGAGAGUUCGUAAACUACGUUUCAUGGUUUCUUCAAUCUCCAUCAUCAUCGUCCUGAGAUGGGUUUUCAUGGCGGUCGCAGUUCCGACAGUCUCGUCUGAUCACUUCUCCUACUUCGACAAUACCUGUUUCAAUGCCAAUCCUAAUUCGCAGGGCUACAGGAACCGCAACUCCUCCGUCCGCCGCCCGGAGCUGCCUUCUUCGGACUGCGGGGCCUGGACGGAGGCCUGCUCGGAGGCGGUCCUCCGCGUUGCCCGGCGGCCGGAGACGGCGGAGUGGCUGAGGAGUCUCAGGAGGAGGAUUCACGAGAACCCGGAACUGGCUUACGAGGAAUUCGAGACGAGCCGGCUGGUUCGGGACGAGUUGGACCGGAUGGAAGUGAGUUACAGGUUCCCGAUGGCCAAGACCGGAAUCCGAGCAUCUAUUGGCACCGGCGGUCCCCCUUUCGUCGCCCUCCGGGCUGACAUGGAUGCCCUCCCAAUUCAGGAGGCUGUAGAAUGGGAUCACAAAAGCAAAGUUGCUGGCAAAAUGCACGCGUGUGGACACGACGCGCACGUGGCCAUGCUUAUCGGUGCCGCCAAGAUCUUGAAGUCUCGUGAGCAUCACUUGAAGGGAACUGUAAUUCUGCUAUUUCAGCCAGCCGAGGAAGCUGGGAACGGUGCAAAACAAAUGAUCAGAGAUGGGGCACUGGAGGAUGUGGAGGCCAUAUUUGCAGUUCAUGUAUCACACGAGCACCCAACCGGAAUCAUCGGAUCGAGGCCUGGUCCUUUGCUGGCUGGUUGUGGCUUUUUCAGAGCUGUUAUUAGUGGUAAAAGAGGCAGGGCUGGGAACCCACACCGCUCCGUUGAUCCUGUCUUAGCAGCCUCAGCUGCAGUCAUCAGCUUACAAGGCAUUGUGUCCCGCGAAGCUAACCCACUGGAUUCACAGGUUGUAUCGGUGACUAUAUUCAAUGGAGGCAACAAUCUUGACAUGAUACCAGACACCGUGGUGAUUGGUGGUACCUUUAGGGCGUUCUCCAACACAAGUUUCUACCAACUCCUCCAAAGAAUUGAGGAGGUGAUUGUAGAACAGGCCAGCGUUUUCAGAUGCUCCGCAACGGUCGACUUCUUCGAAAAAGAGUACACAAUUUAUCCACCGACCGUGAACAAUGAGCACAUGUAUGAGCACGUCAAAAAGGUGGCUACGGACUUGUUGGGUGCCAGAAAUUUCAGGGUUGUGUCGCCAAUGAUGGGUGCAGAGGACUUCUCCUUUUACUCGGAAGUGGUUCCUGCAGCAUUCUUCUACAUAGGCAUAAUGAACGAGACACUGGGGUCUGUCCAUACAGGCCACUCACCUUAUUUCAUGAUCGACGAAGAUGUUCUGCCUGUAGGUGCUGCAGCUCAUGCUGCCAUUGCCGAAAGAUAUCUCAACGAACAUGGAUGAUGCAAAGACGUUAUUAUUUUUGUAGUUGUUCAUUGAUUUUUGGUGUGUUUCGGGGUUGGGGGAUGAUGGGUACAGGGUAAGUCCCCCUUGAGCAGGAUCCUCUGCUCGUUAAUGUAAUUUUGUUUGUUCCUUCAUAGGUAGUGUGAUUUUAGCACUAAAUAAUCUUUUUUUAAGGGUACGUAGCUACAGUUUGUUCUGAUUAUUUGCAAGGCUCAAUUUCUAUUGAGAAAAGUUGUCAUUUUC